AUGGGCCUUCUCUCUAUGCAGCACCCUCCCCACCAGCAACAGCAAGGUCCUCCGCCUGGUACGCAACAUCUGCAUCACUCGCGCCCGUCCAGCAUAGUGCAUCAGCAGCAUCCCGGCCAGGCUCACCAACAGCAACAAUCCGGCCACCACGGCGGCUACCAUCCACCGCCUCAAUCCCUCCCUUCUGCCUAUCAGCAGGGAAAUCAAUCAGCAAACACCCAGGACAACCUGAACUACUAUAAUCACCCAAGUCCCUACAGCACACCUGGUGCGACCAGCGGAUAUACUUCCGCCGACACAUCCGAUAUGAUGGCCGCAGCGCAGAUGCCCCGACCGCCUUACCCGCCGAUGUCGUAUCAUACCCCCCAGUCCAACUCUCCUGCUUCUGUCGCGUCUCCCUCUCAGCAUGACCAGCACCGAAGCCUCUACGGCCAAGCGCCUUCGCAACACAUGCCUCAAUCUAUGUACUACCAGCCGCAGCCGCCCUAUCAGCCCAUGCCUCCCCAGGCCUCACACUCCCCCUAUGGGCAUCAUGCCCAUCAUCCCCAACAACCGAUGGCUUCGCAAGCCAACUUGAUGAUGUCGCACACGGCCGCGCCGAAUCAGAUGCAACAGCAUUCACAGGCCGGUAUGACCAGCAGCCCCAGGCCAAAGAUCGAACCCCAGGUUCCCCUGCAGAUGCAAAAGCAAGCUCAAGGCUCCCCAAUGCCCCAAGCAAAUCACCAGCAACAGCCGCCUCAGAUGCAAAGCCCCGGCAGCCACAAUGCCGCCGUGAACCCCAAUGCCGCUCCUGGCCCCAUUCCUGCCACCACACCACUUGUCGUCAGGCAAGACGGCAACGGUGUUCAGUGGAUCGCAUUUGAGUACUCGCGCGAUCGAGUCAAGAUGGAAUACACUAUUCGGUGCGAUGUUGAAUCUGUGAACACGGACGAGUUGUCGGCCGAUUUUAAGCAAGAAAAUUGCGUGUACCCUCGUGCCUGUUGUCCCAAGGAUCAGUAUCGUGGCAACCGAUUGAUGUACGAGACGGACUGCAAUCGUGUUGGCUGGGCUCUUGCGCAGCUCAAUGCGCCGCUUCGCGGCAAGCGUGGCCUUAUCCAGAGAGCUGUUGACAGCUGGCGCAAUAGUAAUCAGGAUCCUCGCCUACGAAGCCGAAGAGUUCGAAGAAUGGCGAAAAUGAACAACCGCAAGCAGUCGCAGGGCCCUGCUCAUCCACCCGCUGCCCACAUGCCCAGCCAUGGGCCACCACCAGGUUUGGCAAAUGGUCCUGGGUCCAUGGGGCCCAGUCCUACGCCGACGAUGGAAAGCAAGCCUAGCCUGGCGAGCAUGGGCCAACCAAUGCACCACCAUCAUGCAAGCGGACAUCCCGGAGCCGCCACCGGAGGAGGAGAGGAAGUCGCCGAUAGCAACGCCCACCAAAGUGAGCAGCCAUUCCCGAAUGCUAGCGGCGAAAGCACCCCAAUUUCGCAAGACGUACGCACUGCCCAUGUCUUUACCGGAUAUGGUGGCCAUAAUUACCCCUCCGUCGCACCGCCAGUCGUAUCCUCGCAUACACCUCGCACCGGGUCCGCGGUACCUAUUGACAAACGCAGCCAUGGCCCCGGUGAUGACCAGAAUGGCCUCUUUCCCGAUCUCCCGGAGGCGAGGAAGCGCAAAUUCGUACUUGUGGAAGAUAGUAGACGCGGCUCCCGGCUCCGCGUCCGGGUGACACUCGAUGGCGUGGAUACGAAUGAGAUCCCAGAUAGUUUCCGAACGCGUGCCAGCGUCUACCCGCACAGCUUUUUCCCUCGAGAAAUGCAAAAUCCGCCGCCAAACGCCCUAGGCGCCCAUUUUUUCUCGGACGAUGCGUCGGAUGAUGGUAUUCAAGAUACAGACGGGCGCGAUGUUAGCAGACGUGGCUCGAAACUGUUAUCGUUGUCCACCUCCGUCAAGGUACCAUUGCCCGACAACCAGGACGGCGAAAUUAUGAUUCCCAGAAUGAAAAGGUCAAGACGUGCGAGAGAACUGAAGCUCAAUGACAUGGGCCACCGUAUGGCCUGGCUGCAAAGCAGAGUCUUUUCGGGUAGGAAUUUAUUUUUGCAACGCGCCUUGGACUGUUACCGCACCAAAACGUGCGCUGCUAUCGAAGGCAACAUGCAAGACGUUCGAGCUAGUGCAGCACAUUUCGAGUUACACGUGCCCUUGUUACCGCGCUCUACCAGUGAACGCAGGAUCGCAACCCACACUACUACGUUUAAAAUGUCUCGCUCGCACCAGGCAAAGACUUUGGCCGCGAAUCGACAACCUGUGGUAGAACUGGAAGCCCCGCAAACCAGGUCUGCGCCACUCUCCAACCCUGAUGCUGCUGCGAUUGAACUUCCUGGCGAGUCGUUGGCGCGCCCUAACAUGCAGAGUGCACAGUCUCCUGCAUCUAGGGACACUCUACAUCAAGCAAAUCCCUGGCCAUUCUAUCUGGAUGAUGUACCGAGCACGGCUGCCGCCCAUGGAAUGCAACCCAGCAGAGUGACAAGCGACACCAACAUCCACCCCGCCAACCCAUGGCCUUAUCAUGGCAUUGAGACCGAUAGCGCCGACAAGCUUAAUACUUUGGGGCAUGGAAGAAGUCUCAGCAACUCGAUUGGUAUGGCAACAUCAUAUAGGGAAGCUGAUGAAAACUGGCUGGGGCGGUUUGCCCCAAAUUUGCACAAUGGAAAAUACGCAGUGGACGGCGUCACAUCAGAGAAUGGUUACGAUCUUGCCCCAGACGGGGAACACGAGCAACACUCCUCAACUUCAGUCAUGCUGGACUUCCAACGGACAAAUAUUCAGAUGACGACCUCAAUGGGGUGGCUGAGGCAAGCAAACACCAACGCCGAUGGUGGCUCGUCGUUGGACGAUAUUGCCAUGCCUCUAUACGCGGCCCAAAUUUCUGGAAACGUGCACCGCACUAGCACUCCUGGUAAAAUGAAUAACACUGCACAAGACACUCAAAGCGCACCAAAUGUGAAUGAGGACAGCGUUGUUGGACCAGAGAUGCCUUCAAAAUUUACAGAUACUGCUAUGCUGGAGCCUCGAAGAGAGCAUAUACUUCCAGCCAACUUACUCUCCGAUUCCCGAAUACCAAACCGAGCCAACGCAAAUGAAACUCUACACUCUCAGCAAACAUGGCACUCAUCAAAUGGAGCAUACUCUCAACAACCACCACGCUACUCUGCGGACGAAAGCUCGGCCUCAAUUUUCGAGAAUGGACCUAUCGAUGACUGCUCACAAGGCCAGAACUCGUAUUCUAGGAAUACAGGUACUACUCAGCCUUUCGUGACUAUGCCGGAAUCUCCAGCAGAUGCAACUUCUGAAGGGCAAGCAUCAUCUCCGGAGCCCAGUCCCCGCCUAGAGGCGCCACCUUUGCCGCCACGAUAUCCUAGAGAGGCCAGGACCAUGGUAGGGCUAAGUAACGGGCCUCACAACAAUAUAGCUUUCCCUCCACCACCGAAGAGGCACAAUGUGCCACCUCCGCAGCGACCAACGAUGUUGUCUUCCUCACUCUCCUCGUCAAGGUUCCUGAAGAGCUCGUCGGCGAUGAAAUGGAUAGAGAAGACAAACAAAGCAAUAGAAGAUAAGCUGGAUGCUGUCCUUCAGGGCCCUGCUGGACAUCCCGGCCGUCCUGCCUACGUCAGCCGCCCUCAACACCCAGGCCAGCAGGCACCCUCGUCACAUACAAGUCGUACAGCCUAA